AAAAAAAAAGUUUGGGACUGGAAGAAAAAAUGGAGAUGUCUUCCCCCUCCUUCCGAUCUCUCCCCUUCUUCCUUUCCUCUACCAAACACUACCCCAAAACCCAAGACAACGAAGUCGCACUUUUCCACUUUCAGAGAAUCAAAAACAUAACCAAACUUCGUCGAGAUCCCAAGAUGCCUUCGGCCGUCGCUGAGCUGUGAACGCCCACUGCGGGACGUGCCCGAUUUCUCCUGGCACGUUCCGCAGUCCAGCAGCCUCAACGAGUAGUUCAAAUCUGCCAACCUCUCUCGACGAAGUUUACCCAAAGGCCCUUGUGUCUUCGAGCCUCUGCUCGCCCUUGCUGGAAACAGGAGGACGACCCAGAGGUCUCGACGUCGUUUUUGCUCGCGCCUGAGGCCUUCGCACUCUGAAAAAUCAAGCACAACAAAAGCUGCCUCGACCUUCGAUCUUGGGUUUCGACCUACCAAACAAAACUAUCCUCCCAGGCCCUCAAGGCCGUGAUAUCUCGAGCCGAUUAUACCACAUUGCCCUCGUGCGGUUGGUAGCAAAGACAAUUGAUAGGGUAUGCAGUUUCACCUCCUGCCUGGCCCAUGUUUUUUUUUUUACCUGGUCGUCGAAUUUCUGCUUCCGUCCCUAUUGUGCGUUUGUUCUCACGAAUUUGUAGCUUAGGCCUGUUCACCGCCGCUUGUGGCUUGGCAAUCGAUCUGCCAAUACUUGAUCACCCCCACUCCCCUGCAUAACCCACACCAUGUCUCGAAACGCCCGACAAAAGGCUCCGUCCACUCCCAAAGUCAAGCGGCGCCGCCGCGUGUCGGACACAUCCUCAUCUUCGCUCGACCUAUCCGAUGAUGGCGGCUAUUCUGGCGUCGACGAUGUCAGCGACUCCGAGGACAACGACGAGGAGGAUGUAGAGGCGGCCGAGGCGGAGCAUAUAAUCGACCGGGCGCUGCACAACAAGCACCCUGUCCUGCCGCCUCGGCCUGUUCUGGAAUCCGAUGACGAUGGCGAUGACGAAGAAGCCGUAUACGACGAUGAGAACGAUGAGGACGACGAAGCAGACGCCGAUGACAACGACAACGACAACGACAACGACAACGAAGAUGUCGACGACAACUCCAGCUGGAACGGCAUUCUCUCAGAUGUUGAAGACAACACUGUCUUGAACCAUGGCUUCGUGCCCAAGGAGCCACCCGUCGUAGAGCGCCAUGUCCGCUUCGCUGGUGUUCCAGACAGCGAUACAGAUUCGACCACGUCCGACGUCUCUGACCAUGGGGACUUUUUCCCUGACAUCUUCGUCGAGCAGACGUCCCUGGACCCCGCAUUCCGCCGCGAGAUCGAGGAUGAUCGGGACGACUCAUCAAACUCGGGUUCUUUCUGGGACUUCCAUGAAGCAUACGAGACCGCUUUCAACUCACCUGGUCUGGUCAAAAAUGUCUCUGACGAUGACACUCCGUUGGCUACCCCAGCGGCCAGCCGCGUCAUCAGCGAAGCCUCCACUCCGGUUCCAGACGACUACCAGGAUCUGGAUGGCUACGAGACCGAUGGCGACACAACGGAGGAAGACGUUCCCGAUCCCCCCAUCCGCAGGAAACAGCCCGUUCGGCGCGUCCAAACGGUCGAGGUGUCUUCUGAUUCGGACACCGAGAAGCCGGCGAAGCCCCGGCGUCGUGGGAAGCCCCGCGUGGGACGCUUUGAUCUCGAUAGUUCCGGGACGAAACCCAUCGCUGUUGUCAACCCAAUCUCUCGCAAGAUGAUGAUUUUCACGCCCCAACGACUCCGCCGCCUCGACCUAUCCCCAGAGUCCUUCAACCUCGACAUGUUCAACAACCCGUCCAUGCUUCAGGCGUCUCCCAUUCUCAGCAACUCGGGCACCCUGAUGUUUGGGGCCAUGUUCUCAUCCAACACAUUUGGUGACUUUAUGAACACGCAGCCGGUCGGGCCUGCAGAGGCUUUUUUUUCGGCGACAUCGGAUGCAUUCGCCGAUGACAGCGACUCUGAGGUCGACGCGUCGGAAGAGGACGACGCCGAGAAGAGUCUGAAGAUUGAGGACUUUGUCACCUUUGAGGAGACGAGCUCCGGGGACGAAGGCGAGGGCGAGGGCGAUGGAGGGGACACCAACGCCUGGGAAGACGACACCAACGAUGGCGUAAUGUCAACACCAGGGCGACGACCCUCGACGGCCGCAAGUGCCGUCAGCGACGCCAAUCCCGACAUCCACCCGCUCUUUGCGCAUUUUGAUAGCAACUCGGAUGCCGUCGGGGCCUUCCGUCGCAACCAGGUGAACCAACAGCUCAUUUUAAGCGACAAGGCGACCAAGGAGUCGCUUCUUUUCUCAAACGCAUACUCGAUGGGCACGAUUAGGGGCGUUCGGAGCGAUAGCCUCAGCAACCUCGCAGCCCCCCUGACACCGGCCCGCAGGCGGAAAAACACCAUGGACAUGCACAGCAACCUCCAGAGCAGCCCUCUCGAGAACAUGUCCCAGAAGCGCAAGGCCUCGUCUAGCAUGACCGAAGCGAGCCACAAGAGGCAUAGGAGCAUUUCCGAUGUCCAGUCACUGCAGAUAUGAUCCUGUUGUGGCCGGUGCUCAGCAAAUGCCCAACACAACAAACACGUUGAAGGACGGCAUGACUGCUGUCUCGUGACAGAGACAGUCAGCCCAUCCCUGGCCUCAACCACUCCCUAUUUCUGAACCUUUCUACUUUGUCAUUUGUUUUACCUUGUGGCCAACCCCUCUGGCCCACCUUUACUUCUUGGCUUGAACCUUCUUAAUGCUUCUCACAACCCCUCGUCUGUUGCCUUUUGCUUGGCCCCCAAGGAAUGAUAGGACGGCUGUCGAUAUGGAAUUUCUAGACAAAAAUCGGCAUGUAUUCUCGUUGGUUGGGCUACAUUCUGGUUCUGGUUCUGGUUCUGGUUCUGGUUCUGGCGUGCUAAAUACCCCGGGCGAUGAUAGAGCGGACGGCAAAAGACAAAACGGGACACCACGGAUAGACUCGGCCAUCUGAUGGAACGUGCGGGUUGGGCUGUGUCAUUCAUGAGAUGUGAAGGCGCACUGAAGUGGCCAGGAAUUAAAAGCAACACAAAAGCAUGGAUUCUCUUUGUUUUGAUAGCAUGGCCGUUUUCUUCUUCCUUUCUUGCUCUGUUUUUUGAUAUCAUUAGCAAUAAGCCUGGAUUUUCAACCCGA